AUGUCGCACUACGAUGAGGCUUCCAACUUUUCUGACCUCAGCUCUCUCGAUGGCUCGGACGAAUUUGGGCGCAAGCUUCUUCAGCAUACCAAAGACGCUCAGCGCAUUUCAGCCCUGACCCAGUCGCACGCCUUUAGCAAAGCAAAGCCCCUGCCACGCGCCGCCUUGAGUCUCGACAACCUCGAGCGCAACAACGCCUACAGCCCUUCUUCAUACCAAUCUGACCACCAUCCAGCUAGCCUCUCCGGCAGUACCGCCUCAGAUCCGCCAUUGAACCCACCACGAGCAUGGGGAAGGAAAGGGAGACCAAACCACACUUGGAUGCGUCACAUCCACGACGACCCCCAGUCCAACAUACAAUCGAGUCCCAAUAUCGACUGGGCAGAUGCUGCGAACGACUCCCUGUACUCGUCCGCCCGUCUCUCUCCACCGCAAAGACGCGCCCGCACCCUUUCAAAGCAGGCUAUAGUUGAACAGCACGACAGUUACGUCGACCAGUGGGAGCCAGAUCAAGACUUUAGUGCCGCCUCGCUACUCGUUUCCACACCCGCCGUACCCUCGCGCUCUCGUGUGACCAUCGAUCAGAUCCGCGAACGCGAGGUUCAGACGUACCAAGCUCGCGCUUCUUCAUCUGCUCGCCGCCAACUAAGACAACAGUCGACAAAUGAGACAGUAUCGCAUACACACCCAGACACUUAUGCAGAGCCCGUCUCAUCUCAGGCUCUCAAGCCAAAUCUUACUCAAAAAGAAAAUAUACCCCUGGCACCGCGGCAGUCAGCUCGCUCCCUGUACAAAACUGUCGAGACCACCCAAGAUAUGCCUACGACCACUCCACGACCUGCACAGCGAAAAGCAGACUCUCUGGCAUUGCUUAAAAGGCUUUCAAGGACUCCAAGCGCUUCGCCCUCCCCUACCGCAGCCAAAGAUACUAUGCCUGUAAAUAAUCCUCCCCAGCAGAACACUGCAUGGUCAGACAAGUACCCAAAACAGAAUACUCGGUCACUGUUCCGAGGAGACUCGCAGCAGGCUCCCGAGGUCAUCAAAGGUCCCGAGGUGGUUUAUAUUGAGCAGGGUGAUUCAUCACAAGCACCUGAAGUUGUGGAAAUUCCAGAAUCUGCACCUUCGGAACCCUUGGUGACCCCUUCAAGGCCGAUUGAACGACAGCUGCCUGCGAAGACUCCUGUGGUGAUGGGCGCCUGGAUUGACACACCACAGACUGCUCGUCAGUCGAACACCCCAGCGACGUCUCAAUUCGAUCGUCGAAACACAGAAUCCAGCCAGCCAAUUCCUGAAAAUCCACAACAACGCUCAAUCAGUGAACCGAAUCUGCCCACCUCGGCGUUAGACGCUGUACUUCAAGAUUUCCGCAAUGGCAAGCGGCGAGAAGAUGAUGAUCCCACGCUUGGUGAUUCUACCAUUGCCAGCCUGGAGGGCGUCAUGGCCCCACCUGCCGACAAUACUUUGAAACUCGAUCUCCCUGAUGUACCUUCAGCUCAAAUCCCACUUUCGAACGCAAGCCAGAAGCAGGAUAUAGCUCAAGCGGAGACUGCGAAGAAAAGACAAGAUUCUGAACCUGAUUCGAAAGACAACAUGCCGGCUUUGCAGAAAGACGCGGAAGUACGGCGGAGAUGGUCCGUCCUAGGAAGUUCAAACAAACAACCGAGUGGCACAAGUGCCCACUCCGAAGAGAAACCACAGAACAAGGACGAUCGUGCCUUGGACGCAGCAAUUGCAUCGGCUUCCAGAGGAUCUACAUCCCGACCGAGCGAUAGCAAGAGUGCACAUCAGCAUGCACAAUGCAUACAAUGUGGACAGCCAGCCAGUGUGCUUCGCGCUGCAUGGAAUGAGUAUUGGGGCUGGUUCUUCCGUCGCGAUGCUCGAGCUCCGCUAGGCCUCCGAUUGACUUGGCUCGGACUAGCAUGCACGAUAUUCUGGACAUGGCUCGUAAUCGAGUGGAUACUCAGUUCCAUUUUGAGUCCUCCCAGAUACGCGACUAAGAUGCGUGGAUUUGGUGUAGACCCACACGCGCCGCGUUUUCCUUAUGUUCUACCAACUGUGGCAUCACGGCCCUUGACUCCGUUGAUAUCCCCGCUUGUGUCUUCAGCUGCGUGGUUGUGGAGAAUUGUCUGGGGGCAGCAAAAGUACAUGUACUACCCUGCUAGUCCUGGUGCUUGGGGCUCGGCUGCGAAAGUCAAGAUUGGGCCUCCUGGUCCACGAUCGGCGUACUAUACCAGCAGCAACAUAGCAGACGAUGUGCGAUGGGCGGACCAAGAGACUACGGGGCAUGCAUGGCAGACCAAGGAUGAAACACAGCGAAAUACUUGGAGCACCUGGGAAACAAAUGGCGAUGGGAGCAUGCUUGAUGAUGAGCUUAUCAUUUGA